AUGGAUUCUGUGGAGGCUCAGGCAGGAUCCAGUCGUCAAUCUACUACUGGACCAAAAACUUCAACAAGAAGAGAAUGGAGCAGAAGAGACAAUAUGAAUGUCAUGGAAUGUUAUUAUGAGAGCAGACCUGACCAGGAAAGAGGCUACAUCAAGAGAAUGUACAAGAUCUGGCAAGAGAAGGGUCUUUUCCCAACAUCAGAGCAAAGACUUGCAGAUCAGGUACGUGUGAUCAAAAGGAAUGAGUUACUGACUGAAGUUGAGAGGGAAGGGAUCAGACGAAAUGUGUAUGAACCUGUGAGAGAUGAGCAGGAGGAAGUACUCAGACCGGGAAGAGAAGAGCAGACAGAAGCAACAGCUCAAUUUCAAACAGAAUUGGAUCCAACCACUAACAGAUUGGAUGAAGAGCAGGAAGAGAUAAAGAUUAUAUUAUUGGAGAUAAAAGAGUGGGUAACACAAGGAGAGCGCCCCACCCCUCCUAAUCUGAAGAGAAUACCAAGAGAGAAACUGCUGAUAGAAACUCAGAAAGUCAACGAUGUUAUGAAGUUUAUCAGCUCAGACAGUAUUGAGGAUACCAAUGAUCUCAUAUAUGCUGGAGCAGUUCUGGUAACAGAGAGGUUAGGUGUAAGAAAACAGGAGAACACAAGGAAGCACUGCCUACCACCAUGGAAAAGGAGACUUGAUAAUCAGAUAAAGGGAUGGAGGACAGACCUAUCAAGACUGACAGAGAUAAACCUUGGCAAAGCAGAUAUCAAUGAUUUUAAGUACCUUGAGGAGAAGUUCAGUAUUAGAAGGAAAGGAAGGAAGAUCGUCGUGGAGGAACUAAAACAAAGGAUAACAAGCACUACAGCAAAAGUAAAGAGGUACACCGAUCGAGUGUCACAGUAUAGACAGAAUUCCUUGUUUGAGAACAACCAGAAGAGGUUCUACCAAGAAAUAAAUGGAAAGAUGAAAGACGAAGUUCCACCACCAAAUCCAGCUGAAGCAAUUGCCUUCUGGAGCAACAUUUGGAGCCAACCACACAAUCACAACCAAGAAGCUAUGUGGUUGAAAACAACGAAAGAGGAAUGUGCAAAUAUAGUUGCACAGGAUGAUCUGACGAUCAACAAAAGCAAGCUAGAAAAGAUCAUUAGGAAAAUGGCGCCAUGGAAAGCUGCCGGUCCAGACGGUGUGCAAGCUUUCUGGGUUAAAAGGUUCACAAAUCUUCAUGAAAGGCUGAGCAUGCAAAUGAACGAGAUUGUCGUGAAUGGUAACCCCCCUAAUUGGAUGACAAAAGGAAGAACGGUUCUCAUCCCAAAGGAUCCUACCAAAGGCAACAUUCCGUCAAACUACCGUCCAAUUACCUGCUUGCCGAUUCUCUGGAAGUUACUGACUGGCAUAAUAUCAGAAGAAAUAUAUCAACACCUGGACGAUCAAGCCAUACUACCAUGGGAACAGAAGGGAUGUAGAAAAGGAAGUAGAGGAACAAAAGAACAACUAUGCAUCGACAAAGGAAUUAUGAAAGACAGCAAGAAAAGAAAAACGAACCUCGCAAUGGCAUGGAUUGACUACAAGAAAGCAUACGACAUGGUUCCACACUCUUGGAUCAUCGAGUCUAUGGAAAUGUUAGGGGUAGCAGACAAUAUCAGAAGGUUCCUCAUUACAAGUAUGACGAGAUGGAGAACUAAGUUGGAAAGUAAUGGUGAAGUGCUUGGAGAGGUUGGUAUCAAGAGAGGAAUCUUUCAGGGAGAUAGUCUAUCUCCAUUGCUGUUUGUGAUGGCAAUGACACCAUUAACUAAGGUACUCAGAAGAUCCAGGCUAGGAUAUGAGUUCAAGAGCAAGGCAAAAAUCAACCAUCUAUUAUACAUGGACGAUUUGAAGCUGUUUGGUAAGACACAAAGUGACUUGGAGUCUCUCAUCAACACUGUGCGGAUCUUCAGCGAAGACAUCGGUAUGCAGUUUGGGAUGGAUAAAUGUGCAAUGAUUACUCUCAUGAGAGGUAAGCCAGCCAAUGACAACAACUUCCAGAUGCCGAACGGAAAAGAGAUCAGAUCAAUCGAAGACGGUGGUAGCUAUAAAUAUCUCGGAAUAUUAGAGGCAGAUCAGUUGAAACAUCAAGAAAUGAAGAAGAAGAUUGAGGCAGAGUAUCAGUGGCGUAGCUAG